AUGGCAAAGUUGGUUAAUCCUCUGAAUUGUUUACUGUCACAAGAAGUUACUUGGAAAGGGUCGGAAGAAUGUCAGAAAUCCUUUGAGACUUUAAAAGUCCUAUUGGAAACGGCACCAGUAUUAACACAUUACGACCCCAAGAAACCCGUGAGAUUAACGACAGAUGCCUCAUCGUGUGGAAUAGGUGCUGUUCUAUCAAAUGUAUCGGACGAAGGAGAAGAACAACCAAUAGCUUAUGCCUCGAGAACACUUUCUUCUAAUCAUAAGCCGCUUACUAUGAUACAGGGACCUAAACGAGGUGUUCCUGUCUUGGCAGUCUCCCGCUUGCAGAGAUGGGCGAUUCAACUGGGUGCAUAUCAGUAUGAUAUUAAAUACCGAACUUCAAAGAACAAUGCGAAUGUUGAUGCGUUGUCCCGGUUACCUAGGAAAAGUGUUGAAGAACCGGACGAAUGGGAGGAAGAGGCAGCGGCAGUAAACAGCGUUCAACUGAAGCGGUCACCUGUUUCAGUAAGUAUGAUUAGAGAAGCUACGCAAAAAGAUUCAGUAUUGUCUCGUGUAGUAUACUAUCUGUUACAUGGUUGGCCAGAAGGAAAGUUUCCAGAGGAACUACAAUAUUUCUUUACAAAGCAAGACGAGUUUACUGUAGAAGAAGGAUGCCUAUUGAGAGGAACCCGAGUGGUAAUUCCAACCAAAUAUCAAGGAGUGGUGUUGUCGGAGUUGCAUAUAAAUCAUCCAGGAAUGGUGCGGAUGAAAUCUUUAGCACGUUUACAUGUGUGGUGGUCAACAUUAGACCAAGACAUUGAACAGACUGUGAGAGAUUGCACCAGUUGUCAAUUUAAUCGCUGUAAAUCUCCACUUAAAGUAAAUAAUCCAUGGAUUUGGCCUGUACGUCCACGGCAAAGAAUUCAUGUCGACUUUGCAGGUCCAGUCGAGGGUGGCAUGUAUUUAAUAGUGGUAGAUGCUAAGUCUAAAUGGAUGAAAAAAAUGAAAGAUUUUUUAAAAGGCAAUGGAAUUCAAAUGCACUUAUCUUCACCGUACCACCCUGCUUCAAAUGGGGAAGCGGAAAGAGCAGUGAGAACAUUUAAAGACUCCAUGAAGAUUCGUAAGAAUGAAGAAGGAUCUACUGGAGAGAAAUUAGCAAGAUUUUUGUUAGGAUAUCGUACCACACCACAUACAGCAACUGGAUGUACACCUGCAGAAAUUCUUAUGGGUCGACGACUUAGAACAAGAUUAGAUAUAUUGCAUCCCAGUCUGGCAAAUAAAAUGGAUAAGAAAUCACAUCAAUUACCGAAAUUGACAAAGCGUAAGUUAGAAAUUGGAGAUCCAGUGAUGGUAAAAGAUUAUAGAGCAAGAAGAGAUCGUUGGAUACAGGGAGUAAUUUAA